GUGGGAACUGUGAGACACAAACCAUUGGAGUCAGUCAAUAGUACAUUACAAUACUAACACAAGACACAGUUACACAUACCCUUUACCUCCCUCCAUUUCUCCGCAAUCCAUGGCGAUUUCUGCAGCAUUCUUCACAUCUUCAUCACCUUCCCUCACUCUUCCUUGCAAAUCCCACAAACCAUUUUACUCUCAGAGUGUUUAUUUUCUUAAACCCUUGACAGUUAAGGCUUCAACCACCUUGGAUUACUCCAAGGUCUCUGUUGGAGAUAAGACUCCUAGCCCAUCAAAGACUAGUAAUUGGCAGUGGAAAUUCAAGGACAAUUAUAUUAACAUAUAUUAUGAGGAACAUGUGAACCGGGAAAGCUCUGAUCCUCCUAAAAAUAUCCUUAUGAUGCCAACCAUUUCUGAUGUUAGUACUGUUGAAGAAUGGAGAUCAGUGGCUAGAGACAUUGUUGAACGAGUCGGUGAAGUCAAUUGGCGAGCCACUAUUGUUGAUUGGCCUGGUCUGGGAUACUCAGAUAGGCCGAAGAUAGAAUACAAUGCCGAUGUUCUAGAGAAAUUCCUUGUUGACUUAAUCAACGCUCCCAAUGGCCCAGUUAGUGAUUCAGAGAAUAAUUUGGUGGUCUUUGGAGGAGGGCAUGCAGCGACAAUUACAGUCCGUGCUGCUAAAAAGGGUUUGGUCAAACCUGUGGCCAUAGCUGCUGUGGCACCCACUUGGGCUGGUCCCCUUCCUAUUGUGUUUGGUCGAGAUUCCAGCAUGGAAACAAGGUACGGGUUGCUUAGGGGCACCUUAAGGACUCCUGCUGUGGGAUGGAUGAUGUAUAAUAUGCUUGUCAGCAAUGAAAAGGCGAUUGAAUCCCAGUACAAAUCCCAUGUUUAUGCCAAUCCUGACAAUGUUACUCCAGGCAUCAUUGAAAGCAGAUAUGCACUAACAAAACGGAAGGGUGCUCGUUAUUUGCCUGCUGCUUUCUUAACUGGUGUACUUGACUCUGUCCAAUCUCGGGAGGAGUUUCUUGAACUCUUUGCAAAUUUGGAGGGAAAGACACCUGUGCUGGUUGUGUCCGCCAAAGGAUCUCCAAAAAGGUCAAAAGCGGAGAUGGAAGCUUUAAAGGGAGCCAAAGGAGUGAGCAAGUUUGUUGAGGUUCCAGGUGCUCUUCUUCCACAAGAGGAGUAUCCUGCCAUGGUUGCUGAGGAGCUUUACAAGUUUUUGCAGGAGAAUUUUAAAUCCAACUUUUAAAAUUGGUAUAAUCUCCCCCCCUCAACAAAGACAAAAAGGUUCACAAUUAUGUGGGGCCGCAAUUUAUAGUUUUAUACUCCUAGUGAAAAGCUUGUACACAAAUGUGCAUAUUAUGAACAAUGUAUUACCCUCUCUAAUGUGAUGUCAUGGAUUUGAUGUAUUUUUUGAGAACUCUACAAACAAGAAUAAUAAUAUUCUAAGCUGCUAGUGCAUUCCAUU